GGCUGAGAAGAAUAAGUACAGGAAAAGAUUGCUAUAAGAAGGCGUUUUCGUCCAGUUUAAUGCAAGAAUAUUUUAGUACUGCGUUCAUCACCUGAGGGCACCUCCACGUUAGCUUAAAUCACACUAGCCUGCGUUACCAUAAUUAGACAACACACUGAUAUGAUGCGUCAUGGUUACGUAACCAGUCAUGCUGUGUACAUAAGAUUUUCGUACGGCUAGUCGUGACAUCAUUCUGCAGACACGACCGCUGUAAAGUCAACAUUAUUUUGACUCAACUGAAAGAUGGUUUUGUCAGCAUUAUUUUGACUCAACUGAAAGACGGUUUUGGCUGCAAUGUGGAAAAUUUGUGUGCCAAAAGUUUUGGACUUAAUUAUCUCCUUUCUUCACGCCAAACAGUGCAUCCUGUGAAUUGUUUUAGCGCUACGUAAGCACUGUGGUUAAUCGGUUCUGUGACUUAAUUGCGUGAUCACUGCGAUGCUAUGGUUUUAUCUUGGAUAUGACUACUGCAGAAUUCUGUAUUGCAGCAGAAGGAGCCCACAAACAUUCCAUAAUAAACCAUUCCAGCAACUGGCACACUUAUUUGACAGCCCAGUGACUAUCCUGGCUGCUUCUGCAGGAGUAUGCAAGAGCAAACUCGCGUUCAGCAACUGCAGGCUGGAAGUUUGCUUUUCGGUUAUGAUAUAGCCAGCGUUACAACAAAAGUUGCUCAGAAUUUGUUUCGUGCUUAGCCGCACAGUGGAACAAUUCUUGUCUUGUCUUGGGUUGUAGAAUGGCGAUAAAUGUCAACAUUAAUAUGGGCAAUUGCCAGGAAAAUUAAAAAGAGUCUCUUGAUAUCGAGCAGCUUUUCGCCGCUUUAUACCGAAAACUGAUCGCAGCAUCAAAACGGCAACUUUUGUGACCUCGCACCGUACAACGUUACCGGUCGGCUGGUUCGCUUUGCGUACGAGCAUCUCGUGUUGGCCAUCUUGGCGUACACUUGCUACAAAAUGAAUUAUAAAAUCAAUGAACUCAUUUCAUCUCCCCAGGUUGUGAGCACAUCGGUUACAUUGUUUUCAGCUGGGACUUAUACGACGGAAAGUACUGUACCGCAUUUGCCUGGCUAACGGCUCAGCAAGGUGGUUACGCCCAGCAUUUGCGACAGGUAGGUUAUCGAACAAUGGGUUCAGGCUCACAUAGUGAAGGGAAUAUGCCCUGACGCUGGCGUGCAAGCCAAGCGACUGAGGCUGCACAUGCGUGAGAUGAUCAAACAUCGAAUGCAAAAGAACAAAAUGUAAGAAAUCACAUCCGCGUCUACACAACGCAACAGAACACAAUGGGAAGAGAGAGAACAGAUGAGAAACUGUACGUACGCAGUAGUACAGCACACACUCUAUACGCCAUCCCUAUUCUCAUCGAAGACAUUAUGACACUAUCUUCCGAUACAUCGGUUGCUACGCUACGUUGCUGCACCAGCCAUAAAACGCUCCUUUUCUACUGGUUUCCCGCGGACUAUUGUCGUUUGAAAUUCGUCUGCUGUUAUUUUUAUUAUGAAACCGCAACGUUCUGCGACAAACCUACUCUGUACAACCCCUACGCCCUGGAAAACCCGCGAACGCCGCUACCGCACAGGCAUGUUAGGUGGGUACAACGGUGUUUGCCUUUGAACAGUCUGCAUGAGGAAAUUGAAGAUUUUGCUAACUGGAUCGCGCCCACCCCGGCCGAACAGCGGAUGCGGUUGGAACUGAUGCAGCGUUUACGCACGGCGGUCACGAAGCGCUUUCCGGAUGCCGUGGUGGAUUACUACGGCAGUUACCGUACGGGAUUGUACCUGCCCACCAGCGAUAUCGACGUGGUGCUGUUGAGUGAACGCACCGCGCUACCGCUGUACACUGUUAAGGAUGUCCUUCUGCAGGCCGAUAUCGGCGCGCCGGAGUCGGUUAAGGUCCUCGACCGGGCCUCAGUGCCCAUUAUCAAGCUGACAGACCGACAUACCGAUGUCAAGGCAAAUGUCAGUUUUAACAUGGUGAGCGGCCUGCAAACCGCCGAGCUGGUGCUGACCUUUCUGAAGGAGUAUCCCUGUCUUGAAAAAUUGGUGCUGGUGCUGAAGCAGUUCCUGCAGCAGCACGGCCUCAACGAGUCUUUCACCGGCGGCAUCGGUUCGUACGCUCUGGUACUUCUCACAGUCAGUUUCCUGCAGCUGCAUCCACGCUACAAUACCCUCGAAGAUGGCGUCAAUGUUGGCGCCCUGUUAAUCGAGUUCCUGGAACUGUACGGCCGUCACUUCAACUACGUGGACACGGCCAUUCGUAUUAAGGAUGGGGGCUGUCAUCUGGCUAAGGAAGAGCUAUGGCGCGAUGUGAGCGGAUGUCAAAGGUCUCCGACUUUUAGUAUUGAAGAUCCACUACUGCCAGGCAAUGACGUCGGCCGGACAUCGUAUGCUAGUCCACAGGUUAAACAGGCGUUUGAGUCCGCCUAUUCUCGUCUGUAUACUGCCGUUGUAGAAAGCUCAGGGCAAACGGACGACAAACUAUGUGCGUCCCAUUACAGUUUUCUGGGAAGGAUAAUACAGGUAUCCGAUGAUAUAAACAACUACCGUGGUCGCAUUAACCGCCAGUACCCAGCCGAACCGCAGCCGGAAUUACCACUAGUUCCUGCCGCUACAGAUACCGAUAUCUCCCCAUCGACUUCCAAUUCCGACAGUAAUCGCUUGCCUAAGGAUUUUGGUGACCUGUCGCUGAUAAAUCCAUUAAUCUCGCAUUCCGACGAUGAUUGCUGCGCCGACGAACUGGCCAAACUGUCCAAUAUCCAUCACUCAGAGAGCUCCAUGCCUUUUGUGGAUGCCAAUGUUUCUGCACGCAAUAUCGGGGCAACUAUCAACGCCGCUCUGCCUCGACCAUCCACCAAGCAUCUUUCUCGCUGCGUAAGCAAGCCAUCCAGUUGCAGCGCGUCCUCGUCCACAGAAUCGACCAGUCUGUCCGAUGACCUUUUGGAGCCGCAUCUACGCUUCACCGAACUGCCACCGAUACAGAGAUCACUAUCCGGUGUUCCAAUGGCCAAAAAGCAGGAGACACGAAAGCACGGCGGUUGGGACGGAUCGGUUGAGCAAUAUUGUCGCUAUCGAACGCGGUAUUUUCGCCGGUCGCGCAGUCGGAUGAACGGCUUUUAUCUAAACGACGCAGAUCGGUACCCGCGGAAGAGCGCUUCGGAGAUUAUUCGGGAAUUUGAGGAGCGCGAGAAGGAACGCGAUGCUGCGGUGCAGACGAUGACCGACACUUUUGUACCGUCUUCAGUUAAUUGUGAAUGAUGGAGGUUGCUGUGUGGAAGUGGAAAACAUCCGCCAGCUCGGUGGGCUAAAAACUGAUUUUACUUACUUUUAUUUGUGAAAAUUGAAGGGUAUACGCAGUGUCCCAUACGCGUCCUGUUAACUGGAUGUUUUGGGUGACUGUUGUUGGGAAAGUUUGUCUGUGAUUCGGCACUUACUUGUUCAGUGCAUCGGAUUUUUUUAUUUUUUCGAUAUUUGAUUUUGGACGGUUGCCUUCUUGAAAACGACAGAGGUUGCCUAAAACUAAAAAAAGACGAUCGCGA